AUGGAAACGACGUUCUAUGAUGAAUCGUUCAACCAGCGAUUGACGAGCGACGUGAAUCAGCUGAAACGCAGUAUGACAUUAGAUUUAAACCAAGCACGCAAUAUUGUGAAACGGCCGAAGUAUAACGCGGCCGUGACGGGUGCGCCAGUCUUAUCGUCGCCCGAUUUAAACAAAUUGAAGUUGGGCUCGCCCGAGCUGGAAAAAUUCAUCUUUGCCCAGCAGAGCGGCAUAAUGACGCCCACUCCCACUCAAAUCCUGUUUCCGCGCACCGUGACGGAGGAGCAAGAAAUCUACGCCCGCGGCUUCGUCGACGCCCUCAACGAGCUGCACACGAACGAGUCAAGCCAGCUGAGCUCGGGCGGGCUGCAGCCCGUAGAGGCCGGUCCGGGCGGGGCCCCGGGCGCGGGCGCCGCCCCGUCCACGGCAGUUACCUACACCACGUUGGAGCCGCACGCGUCAGUGGGUGGGGCCGUCAUCAGCCAGGCGUCGUCCUUCCCCGCCAGCUACAGCCUGCUACAGCAACCCGAGCAGGCCGUAGUGGUGAAGGACGAACCACAGACGGUGCCUAGCCUAGGCAGCACCCCGCCCCUGUCGCCCAUCACAUGGCAGUGCCAGGAGAAGAUCAAACUGGGCCGGAAGCUGGUGCAGCGAGAACGCUAUCCCGCCUCAAAAGCUACCUGUCGGAAGGAAGCUGCGAGCGGAUUUUCGCGCCUCCGAGGGACAAAGUGA